AUGUUAUCACGUAUAAACGAGGGUGCAAUAAAUAUCCAAUCGGCGAUCAAAAACACGUUCCGCGUUAAAUGGCACUUUGUUGAUUCAAGGGCGAUUUCUCAAAAAAGAACAAUGGCAGAGCAGACCGAGUUCCAAAAGAGAUUACAGCUCAUUGGUGUCAAUGGAAUGAUAUCAGCAGCAAUCGCUUUGGGCAAUCGGCUGCACCUAUUCGAAGCGCUGGCCAACGUUGGGAGCGAGAGAUCCUGCUACCCCCAGGACAAGCGUGAAGUCCCAAGUGAUUGCAAAGAUCGGUAA